AUGCUCGUCUCCACUCUGCUCCCCACGCUCGUUACCCUCCUUUCUUUCGCCCUCCCCGCCGCCGCCAGCUCCCACUCUGGCCGCGUCGGACACGCCAGGCAUGCCAACGUCGACAAGCGCGGCGUCAGCUUCAGCGCUCCCCACUACAGCUUGUACCUUGAUGACACCAUCUCGUACUCGAGCUGGCCCGCCGCCUCCACCGUGACGCCGUACAACCGCGUCCUUCUCGCCUUCUGGCAGACUAACGGUGCCCAGGCAUCGGCUGGUUCGUGGUCUGGUUUCACCGACACCCAGCGCUCGGCUAUCCUCACCGACUACCACAACGCUGGUAUCGCUGUCAUGGUCUCGGCCUUUGGCGACGAUGACCUCGUGAUCACCAACCAGAAGGACCCCGUCACCACUGCCCAGAACCUCGCUACGUUCGUCAAGACCUACAGCCUUGACGGUGUCGACAUUGACAUGGAGGACUUCACCCCUCUCGAGAACAACCAGACCUACGCCCUCAGCUGGCUCACUUCGUUCCACAACGAGCUCCGCAGCCAGCUCGCGUCGGGCACCUACGCCAUCUCGUCGACCCCUACCGCUUGGAUGUACGGCUCGGUCUUUGGCAGCGCUUCCUCCGUCUACUGCCAGCUGAACGGUGCUGUCGGCAGCACCAUUGACUGGUACAACUUCCAGUUCUACAACGGCCAGUCGGGCACUUGGGACACUUGCGAGCACGUCAUGUGGUCGUCGACCAACACCGCGUUCCUCUCGCUCCAGGAGAUCUCGAACGAGUGCUCCAUCCCCAUGUCCAAGAUCACCGUCGGCCAGCUCUGGGACUCUUCUGACCUUGCUACCGCCGUCCCCGCCGAGGUCGUCACCGGCACCGAGCUCGGCACCUGCCUCGCUCAGGCCAAGUCGCAGAUUUCGUACCCCGAGACUGGUGUUAUGGUCUGGGCCGCCCACAUGGACAACUGGUCUGGCGCCAUCACCUACCUUACGGAGGCCAUCGCCGCCAUGGGCUCGACCACUGUCGCCACGUCGGCCGCCUCGUCGGGUGCUUCGGCUUCGACUGGCAGCGCCGCCACCGUGGCUGGAACCGCAGCUGCUUCUGGCGCAACUGUCGCCUCGUCGACCGACAGUGUUACGUCCGCUGGCGCCUCCGUCUCGGGCGCCUCGGCCUCUGGCGCUUCGGCUGGCUCGUCGGCCGGAUCGUCGGGUUCGACCAAGGGCUCGACCACUGGCGCCGCCUCGGCUGCCAACGCCUCGUCGUCCACCUCCACGUCGGGUGCCCUCCGCACUCUCCCCGCCGGCCUGGCUGUCGCUGGUGCCGUCGUCGUUGCCAUGGUCCUCUAA